UCUGUCUUGCAGUAGGUAAUGCAAAGCCUAUAGCUAAGCUUGUCUUGACCAUGACCUGACCCUAGUUCUUUACCAUCUCCUGCCUGUACUCUUGACCAGGCAGAGUGUUCAGGAGGGGAGGCGGCGCUGGUGGUGGCAUGCGUAUGGGCAGCAGCUGGAGGUGGCAGCUCUCCCGAGCUAUGCGACUUGCGCUGCGCUGGUGCCGGCUGUGCCGCCUGCAGACAUUAGGCAGAAACGGGGGGAGCAAACUGUGGAUCAGCACCAGGUGGUUGGAGCUGUGGGAGUACAGCAAGCUGCUGCUGCGCUCGUUAUAUCACAACAGCCUCACCAACUCCGACACUCUGCUGGACUGUGCUUUUGAGCCUGUUUACUGGAUCGUGGACAAUGUGACCCGCUGGUUUGGAGUGGUGUUUGUCACACUAGUUGUCCUGCUGACGUCCUCGGUUUUGGUCAUCGUCUACCUGUUUGUCCUACCCACAAUCCUCAGCUCUUACUCCGUGUACUGGUCCACCUGGCACCUCUGCUGCGGACACUGGCUUCUCAUCAUGGUGGUCUUCCAUUACUACAAGGCUGUCACCACCUCCCCAGGACACCCACCCAAGGACAAACUUAAUAUCCCAUCAGUUUCCAUCUGUAAGAAAUGUAUCACCCCAAAACCACCGAGGACGCACCACUGUAGCAUCUGCAAUGUGUGUGUUCUGAAGAUGGAUCACCACUGUCCCUGGCUGAACAACUGUGUGGGCCACUUAAACCACCGCUACUUCUUCUCUUUCUGCCUCUACAUGACGCUGGGCUGCAUCUACUGCAGCAUCAGCAGCAGGAACUUGUUUGUGGAGGCUUACAAUGCCGUAGAGACGUAUUAUCAGACUCCUGCUCCGGACUACAGCUUCAGAGAAAGCACUGCUCAUAAGAGUAUCAUCUUCCUCUGGGUACUGACCAGCUCGGUUGCAGUAGCUCUGGGAGGACUCACGCUGUGGCACGCCACACUCAUCAGCAGAGGAGAGACCAGCGUGGAGCGCCACAUCAACCGCAAAGAGGCCAACAGACUGAAGGAGAAGGGCAGGGUGUUCAGAAAUCCGUACCAUCAUGGAAGAAUAUGCAACUGGAAGUUGUUGUUUGGUGUGGAAACCAGGAGUCAGUGGUUCACACGGGUCCUCAUACCAUCCAGCCAUCCUCCCAUUGGAGACGGCAUCAUGUGGGACUGCAAUUUCACCAGGACGGACCCCAUGGCCAUCUGACUUAGCCGUUCAGUUGUUUAGAAAAAAAAACCCUAAAAAAAAAGUCCACUAAGGCAGCAAUGGGUCUCAUCUCUGAACUGGUGUUUCUGCAGCCAUCUGACAGGCACAAUAAGCCGUCACAAAAAUCAGAAGCAUUUUGUUGUUUGCACUCAAAGUUGGAGCCACAUGGAAGCUAUAAGUAAUUAAACCACCUCGGAUCAGACAAUUCCCAGACACUCGGUCUAAUCUGCUGUAGAGUGAACUGCGGCUGCUGGUCGGCGUCUGGACUUUUCUCCCAGUCAUUACUGAAGACAAACGGGAGACGUUUGGCAUCUUUUGCUAAGAUUUUUAAAAAAGAUGACUGUGCAGUGUCUGCAUAUUGAAAGUGCUAAUUGUUAUAGCACAUUGUGUAAAAAUACUAAAAAUUUCUGGGUGCCAUCUUAUUCUGUUGAUAUUAAAGCUGACAAAGCUGCGUUCAUUUCCACUUUAUAUCAUCUUCUUUAACCAGAAAUGAUUUUAAACUGUCAUAUUUCACUUCAUUUCUGCUGUAGAGGAGUUUACGUGGAUGGAAAUGUCUUGUCAGAGGUCUCUUUUGUUCAGUGAUGUAACACGUAUAAUUGAUGACGUAGAUCUAUUAAACCUCAGGCCUCUCGGAUUCUAGGCAGUCAUAAAUCUGAGGCUACAUCCUCUCUGCUCAUUUAAAGUCCAUUAAAACUGUUGAGUUUUGUACUGUCAGUGGAACCAAGUGAAAACUGUGUUUUUGUUUUGUUUUUUUGCAGCAAGUUUCCUGUGACUAAAUAAUUUUGUUUACAGUUGCAUGUUUGGAUCUACAGUAGUGUUGUGGUGUGUUUUAAGUGUGUGAGCUGGUCUGAUUGAUGUUCUGGUGCCAAAGAGUUAAAAAAAAGGCUUUUGACCUAAGUGACGUGAUUCUUUUGGGUUUUCCACAAUUUAGG